AUGGGUUCCAUCGCGGAGGUCCUAAGACCGGCCCCGUACGGCCCCGCAAUCGAGCUACCGGCUCCGUAUCCGGAGAACACGGAGUUCCCAGUCUCAUUCGCCCUGUCCGAGCCGAGCACCCACUUAGCGGAUCUAAUCGCGGGUAUCGAACGGCUCUCCACUAGCGGUAAACUGCGGGACGUACUGAACAAGCACGGCGCCGUGUACUUUCAGAAUUUGGGGCUGAGAGAUGCGGAAGAGUUCUCUCAGUUCGCUCAUGCUUUCGGCUGGACGGCUCAUGAAGACAUUGGAAACCCCGUGAGACGAACCGUCCAUGCGAAGAACGUGGCAACUGCCAACGAAGGGCCGAAUACUCGGCCGGUUUAUCCUCACAAUGAAUUUGGAUUGAGUCCUCAUUACCCAGCAUAUGUGUUCUUUUACUGUGCAUCUGCACCGGAAACGGGUGGAGAAACCCCUAUCAACAACUCGGUGGUUCUUUACCGCCGAUUAAAAGAGAAACACCCCGACUUCAUCGACGAGAUCGAGGAGAAGGGUGUCAAGUACCAGCUAUUCUAUCCAAACGCAGCUCGCGACCAAACUUCAUCAGCGGGCACAAGCGUUCUACAGGCUUAUGGCCGAACCGUCUUGGACACAGACGAUACCGAAACGGCCCGAUCUAAAAUCGAGACCGAGAUCAAGAGAUUGCCAACUGCCAAGUGGGCUUGGAAGAAUAAGUCGGAGAGCUACAAGCUUGGAGAUCUCAGAGUAUGGCAGUAUUUGCCUGCGGUGAGGAAUCAUCCACAAACAGGGGACACUGCGUUCUUCAAUAACAUUGUAUCACGAUUCCUUAAUGCAAUCGACGCGGGCACUUUGCAACCUCCUCACCUCAACAAAGAGGGGAAAUACCAACCGCCUGCUUUUUACGGCGAUGGCUCGCUCAUACCUAGAGAGUACCUCGAUUCUGCGAUCGAGAUAAUCAAAGAAACGAGAGCACUAGUAUCGUGGAAACAAGGCGACGUCCUUCUACUAGACGUAUAUUCACCACAAAGCCUAGUCGAAGCUAUGACAAAUGUGCUGAACGAUGUACAGAACCACGCCGUGCAGCAUGGAAGAGAGCCUUGGACAGGGAACCGCACGCUUCUUGCAAGUCUUUGGGAUGGUCCACAUGGUCAGCCGGACAGCUAUGAAUGA